UGAUCAGCUGUGUCCAAUCACAGCUGAUCACAUGUACACAGAUCAUCAGAGCAUUGAUGAUCAGUGUGCCCUGAUGAUCUAUGUAGCCUCAGCAGCGCCACCUGUCAGUGUCCAUCAGUGCCAGCUCUCAAUGCUCAUCCAUGCCACCUGCCAGUGCCCAUCGGUGCCACAUCAGUCCCAGUGCCCAAUAUCUGAGAGCUUCCUUUCAGUGCCACCUAUCAGUGCCAGUCAGUGCCACCUAACAGUGCCAUAUGAGUGCUGCCUUUCAGUGCCCAUCAGUGAUGCCUCUCAAUGCCCAUCAGUGCCACCUACCUGUGCCUCCUCAUCAGUGCCACCUAUCAGUGUCCAUCAGUGCAGCCUUAUUAGCGCACAUCAG